AUGGAAUUUGACAAUACCAUUUGCAUGCUGGUCAUUUAUGGAGAUGGUAACAAGACCACAUUUGUUUGGGAGUUGUUUAACAAGUUUCAGCAUCAAUUUGAAGCUGCGAGUUUUCUUGAUAAAGUCUCUGAAAAAUCAAGAAGUGCUGAUGACCUAGAAAAUCUCCAAAACAUACUUUUGUAUGAGAUGGUUCUUGAUGAUGUUGAUAGUACAGAACAAUUGGAUUCAUUGGCGGGAGGAGGCCAUUGGUUUUGUCCUGGUAGUAGAAUUGUUAUAACAACAAGAGAUGACAAUUUCCUAAAUAAUCAAGUGUUACAUGGAUUUAAGAUUAAGAAAUAUUGCAUUAAUGAAGGUGAAUUUGAAGGAAUGGAAGGUGCUAGAUCCAAUCAGAAGCAAGACAAAGUCGUCGAGGAAGAUAUGGUGGGCUUUGUGAAUAUCUUCAACGAUGUAACUAAGCAAUCAAAGGGAAAUGACUCAUGUGUUGAUGUUCUCUCCAUAAUAGGCAUGGGUGGUUUGGGACUACAAAGCCAAGGAGCUUCUUCAAAGCCUUCUGAAGGGUUGUCCGAGUCGACUAAAGGCGAAGCCAUAAGCGAGGACUAUCAAAAGAGCAAGGUCCAAAAAUUCUUAGCGAUGAAGAAGUAUUUGAUAGUGCUUGAUGACAUAUGA